AUGUUUGGUUUCUUAAUUCUUGCGUCGCGUUCGUUAGAGCAGUCUGCAGACAGUUCAAAGUUGGAACAUGUGGACGAUGAGCAAAGAGGGCGCUGGUCGAACCAAGUCGAAUUUGUUCUCGCGACAAUUGGUCUGACUGUAGGACUUGGGAACGUAUGGCGAUUUCCGGCUCUGGCUUAUAAUAACGGAGGAAGCGCAUUUCUCUUCCCAUAUUUUGUCUGCGCAGUACUCUUCGGACUUCCGACGCUGUACCUCGAAAUGCUAGCUGGUCAGUACACGAGCUGUGGACCAUCGAUAAUAUUCAAGCACUAUAUGCCAGCGUUGCAAGACCAGCAAUUCGUAUUUCCAGGUCUAGGAUGGUCAAUGACGCUCAUUUCGCUAACAGUCAGCAUCUACUACUGUGUGAUUGUUGCCUGGAGUUUCCUUUAUCUUUCCGCCGCUGUCAUCGGUAUGAUGCCAGCAAUGGGAAGUUGCGAUAAUGUGUGGAACGAUAUCUGUGAGUAA